UUUUAUCCUUGUCGUCACGGUCACGCUAAUCCAUAAUUCUUUCGUUCGGCGUCAUUUUUGCGGUGCUUGUCGAAUUUUUGCAAAAUUUUUGAUUCCAAUUGAAGAAUUCCGUAUUUAUUCGAAAUGGACGCUCCACCAGAGGGAAACGUAGAGGCCGAGUCCUGCAAUGAGGUCGACGACGAGAAGUCUGUCAAUUCCGACUGCCAGUCCAUGCCGGCUUACAUGAAUUCGGUAUUGCGGCGGCAGUAUUUGCAAGAAAUGGUUAAAGCACUGCCAGUUCCAAUUCAAAAUAGAAUUGUAGUGCUUAAAAAUCUGCAGUUGGAGCAUCUGAAGAUCGAGGCCGAGUUCUUUGAGGAGGUAUACAAGCUGGAGCAGAAAUAUCAGCUCAAGUACCAGCCCAUGUUCGAUAAGCGCAAGGACAUUGUCAUCGGGACAGUAGACCCCGCUGUGGAGAAGCCCAAUUGGACGGAGCCCGAGAACCCUGAAACAGAGUCGGAGACCGAAGAACACUUCAGUGAUUCACUAAAGGCCAUCAAAAGUAUUCCUCAAGAUGCGAAGGGCAUUCCCGGAUUCUGGCUAACGGUUUUCCGUAAUACUGCUAUUCUGUCGGAAAUGGUCCAACCCCACGAUGAGCCAGCUAUGCGCAAACUAACUGAUAUAUCUAUCAAAUACGAUGACGGGCACUCGUACACAUUGGAGUUUCAUUUCGAUAAGAACGAGUACUUUUCGAACACAGUCCUUACAAAGCAGUACGUUCUGAAGUCCACUGUCGAUCCAGAUGAUCCGUUCGCCUUUGAAGGACCAGAAAUUUACAAAUGCUCGGGAUGCAACAUCACCUGGGAGAAGAAAAUGAACCUAACUGUCAAGACGAUCAGGAAGAAGCAGAAGCAUAAGGAGCGUGGCGCAGUGCGCACCAUUGUCAAACAGGUUCCAACCGAUUCCUUCUUCAAUUUCUUCAACCCACCAGAGGUUCCAUCUGAUAAGGAAGAAAUCGAUGAUGAAUCUCAGCAAAUACUGGCAACCGAUUUUGAAAUUGGUCACUUUUUGCGGGCCAGAAUUAUUCCAAAGGCGGUGCUUUACUUCACUGGUGACAUUGUCGAUGAUGAGGACGAUGAAGACGAAGAGGAGUUCGAUGAAAACGAAGAGGAGGAGGAUGACGAUGAAGGUGCACCCCCAGCCAAGGGGCACAACAAACAUGCUGGUAACAAGAAACAGUCGCCCAAUGACUGCCCCAACCAGUAGUCACAUCUACAAGAUAUGAUGGCGGCGAUUCAUCAAUUGGAAUAGUGUUUACUGAUAUUAUGUAUAUACAUAAUUCAAAUUUAAUUUGAAAUAUAUUUUUGGUGAAUUAAACUAAACGAAAGUGAACUACUA